GACCUUGUUUGGCGAUGGCUUGUGUUCAUAACAAGCCUUUUUCUCCGCUUGAUACGAUGGCUUCUGACCCUGCACAAUCGCCUCAAGCCACGCCAGAAGAUGAUCCCCGAGCUGCCAAUCGCGAAAAAUUUGAGCUCGAGCUAGAAUUCGUGCAGUCGCUGGCAAACCCAUACUACCUCCAUUCUCUCGCACAGCAGAACAUCCUCGACCAACCUGCAUUCAUACACUAUCUGGAGUAUCUCAUGUAUUGGAAAGAGAAGGAUUAUGCGAGGUUCAUACACUACCCACAUGCGCUGCAUCAUCUUGACCUGCUCCAGCAUGCGCAAUUCAGGUCAGAGAUGAAGAAAGACGAAUGGCGCGAAUAUCUCAAUCAGAAGCAGUAUGAUCACUGGCGAACAUGGCGAGAUUACCCAGGGAUUAGUAGUAGUGUUACCCCCACUGACCCUCAAGAAACCGGUGUGCAAUCGCAAGAGAAUGCUCCUUAUGGGUGACAUGGUUUACCGGAUGUCUUGGCGGAAGCUUAAGGAUAUGGCGCUUUGGAUAAUGAAAAAGCACCAUGAGUCCAUGACGGGUUGCCAAACAUACAAGAACUUCCGUUGACACAAGGAGUUAGGGACGUCGACAUAUACUUUUUAAUAGUGGUUUUGGAUAUCCUUGUGGAAUCGAAGAAAAUUUCUCACGCCUGUUAAA